GCACUGGCGUCAGUGCGGCCGCAGAGCGCGUGGGUGCCGGUUCAGUGUGUUUGGCGUUGCGUUAUUUUUUUUUCGUUUUCGAUUUUUCGGGCGGUCCGCUUGCCCCCGUCGCCCCCGGAGGUUUUGUUUAUCGUUCUCGCCGCCGCACAGACAUGUCGUCCGUCAUCAACGUGCGGCUUAACGAAAAGAUGACGUUACAGUUCGUCGAGCUGUACCGCGACCAGCGGGUGCUUUGGGACAAGGAGCACGAGGCGUACAACAAACGGACGGAGCGGUUGCGGGCGUACCGGCGGAUCGCCGAGGCCAUGUCCGUCGAGGGGCUGGGCGUGCCCGAGGUGGCCAGCAAAAUCAAGAACAUCCGGUCCACGUACUUGCAGGAACUGAAGAAGAUCAAAGACUCGGCGCAGCGACAUCUGGUCCAGUCCGAGGAAGAGGUGGCCUCGGCGCCGUACGUGCCCAAACUGCUCUGGUUCUCCAUUCUGGACUCGAUGAUCGGCGGCGCGGCCGUCAAACGCCUCUACUCGUCACCGUCCACCGCCGACAUGCUGUCCAUAGAUUAUGCUGACGACAGCAGCUGCCCCGCGGGUUCCAAUAAUUACUGCACCCCGUACGACUACAGCUCAUCGUACGCCGGCGACUCGGCGGACCCGGUCAAGAGACCGUCAUCAUCAUUGUCGAUAGCGGAUGAAACGCCGCCCGUCAAGAGGCUGAUGUACGAACGACAACAGUCGUCCGUCGAGCUCUUCUCCAGAUACAUUGCUACCUCGCUGGAAGCACUGCCGCCGCGGCUGUCGGUGCGGGCGCAAAAGGAAGUACACGACGUCCUCGUCAAGUACAAGUUUAUGGAAUUGGACCAACUAGACCAACAGCGUUGACCACGAAUGGUCGAUCAUACUAAUAAGUAUACGCGGCUUAGAAAUAAAAUCGUCCGAGUGUACCUAUACAAAUUGUGGUGUUAUCCCACCGCGGUUCGUUUAACAACGAUGGAUCAUGACUUUCUUCUAUCUCAGUGCGUCAUUUUUUCGACCAAAAAAUAUGUAUCUUUUUCAUUGCGAAACGACGGAGGGCUAGCGUGUAUAAUGUUAUUUGGAAUAUAAAUAAUAAACCUUUCUUUACGCGGUUGGUGUUCAGCCUUUUUCUUGGCGCACGUCGAAAGUCCCGAGCACGUUAUUAUAAUACAUAUUGCGCACCUACGAAUACCAUAUAUCUGGCCCCGCCUGUCUGCCAGGUGUUCAGAAAAUAUUAACAAUAAUUUUAAACCGUAUACUGCCGGGAACAAACGCCAAACGGUUUUUUAAUUCAGCGUUGGGAGAACAUAUCAUAUACAUUGCGAGUAUACGUAUGUCGUAUACCUACUAUUAUUUUAUGAUAUUAAUUAUGGUGGGUAAUAUCUCUAUUUACUAUCGUUUUGUUCGUCGUUCGUGUAGUAAUACCUAUUUUUUCGCUUUGCGUUUUGAUUUUCUCGAAAUUGAUAAAUAUAAAGAUUACUCGAACGGUCGUUCUCUUCGAAGUGUAUCGCGCACAGUUCUAUAAAGCUAUAGGAGCCGAGUAUUUGAAGAAUAUUUUACCAUGAAAUGUUUUUUUACCAUACAUCCGAACCUGAAUAGAGGCGUGACUUGAGGCGAUGCUAAAAAUAUCCAUUAUUACGCAAAUUGGCCGUUGUGCCGACUUCAAAGCGAAUGUUUUCGAAUCGAUAGGGACCGUAAUCUCGCGGCACUGAAUCUGCGCGUUAUCGACUAGAGACCCCCUACGACUCCACUCUCACUACUACCUUUGAACGAAUUUUGUUUUGUAUGAAAUCGGACCGGCGCUGAACGACGAGAGAACGAUGUUUUUUAUUGUCAUCACUCAUCAAUCGCAGUGUAUACUUAGCACUUAAGUAAAGGUAAAAAUCGAUUGUUUUUUUUUUAUCCCAGUAUAUUAUAGUGUAUUGUAAAAUGUUUGUAAAUAUAUUUUAUGACUGAUGUAUUUGUACCAUCGGACUAUAAAAAUCGAGACAAAUCUUAUUAAUAUUAUUUUAAUUUAAU